AUGGGUCACGCUGCGUUUCAGCUGGUUCGUGCCGUAACCCUAACGGACACCUCUGGCAGCUCUCGCUCUUCUCCCAGUCCCCCGAGUAGCACCGCUCUCAGCCGCUUCCUCGGCCCCGCCGCGACGGCGACGGCGAGUCCGAGUCGCAUUCUCUGCUGCACGCAAUGGCGCUCCUCCAUUCUCAUUGGCUGCAGCGACGGCGCGCUGCUAGACUACCGCCCGGCAGGAGCGUCGGCAUCGGCAGCAGCGGACCAAUCCGCGCCUUCCGCGCCGCGUGUCGCGCCCGGUAGCGGCGGCGGCUAUGCGCUGUUCGCGAGGAAGGACGGUUUCGCGCCGUCCGCGAUUCUGCGACUAGAGAUCGCGCUGCCGACAGCUUCUGCUGCGGCUUCCGCUAAUGCGCCUGAUAGUUCCGCCAUCCCCGCCGCCGCCCCCGCCGUUUCCGCCGCUUCCGCCGCGUCCGGCGCUUCCGGGGCGGCGGGCGUGCUGAUCGCGCUGGCGGACUGCGUGAGGCUGGCCCCGCUGCCCUCCUUGGAGCCGCUGACGUGUCUCCCGCGCACAGCUGGCGCCACGUCAUUGGCGUGGGACGCGGAGGGCGGCGUGCUGUGCGUGUCGAUCAAGAGGAGAGUGCUCGUGCUGCGGUUCGACGGCCGUUCAGCUUUCAAGGAGGAGAGGGAGUUCACGUGUCCAGACGCCCCUCGCCUGCUCGCCCUGCCCUCUCCCACCACUCUCUGCGCCGCCACGCCCACCAAGUACCUUCUGCACCACAUUCCACCGCCCGGCACCGCUGGCAGCGGCGGCUCGUGGCGGGACAUGCUGCCGUGCGGGCAGGUGGCGCCUCCCAGCGUUGUGAAGCUGCCGCGUGGGGAGAUGUUAGUCGGCAAGGACAGCAUUGGUUUAUUCCUUGAUGCCGCUGGUCGCCCCCUCCGCUCCCACGGCAUCAACUGGUCGCGCCCGCCCUCCCACGUGGCUGUCAUGCCGCCCUACGCCCUCGCCAAACUCCCCAACUAUAUCGAGGUGCGAUCCCUGCUCCCAGGGCACGCCUUGGUGCAAACCAUCCCCCUGCGGGAGCAUGCAGCCCUGUGGACCCCUCCCACUUUCCCCGCUGCCAGUACUGGCAUUGAAGGCAGCAGCAGCAGGGCAGCAGGGCGGUCAGCCCGGGGUGUGUUUGCAGUGGCUGAGGAGAGUGUGUACAUCGUCGCUCCUGUCUCCCUUGCUGCCCAGGUGCGUGCUGCUUAA